CAUUCCCUAGAAGCAGAACGAAUUCGUUUCCGGUCUGGAGGAUUUGCACAGCAGAAGUCACUCGAACGGGAUUAGCUAGUUUGCUAGCACAGGAAAUCUCUUUAGAUGUUGCAAUUUGCACUAAAUGAGCUACUUUGAAACGCGCUGACACAUCGAGUGAUUGAGCUGAAACCCCAGCUGUUGCCAUGGCAAUCCUGUUUGCUGUGGUGGCUCGUGGAACCACCAUCCUGGCAAGGCAUGCGUGGUGUGGCGGAAACUUCCUGGAAGUGACUGAACAGAUUUUGGCCAAAAUCCCAUCAGAGAAUAACAAAUUGACCUACAGCCACGGCAGCUAUCUCUUCCAUUACAUCUGCCAUGACAGAAUCAUAUACCUGUGCAUCACUGAUGAUGACUUUGAGAGGUCACGGGCAUUCAGCUUCCUCAGUGAGGUCAAGAAGCGCUUUCAGACAACGUACGGGUCGCGAGCACAAACAGCCCUGCCUUACGCCAUGAACAGUGAGUUCUCCUCAACACUGGCAGCUCAGAUGAAACACCACUCGGACCCACGAGGAUCAGAUCGUCUCACUGAGACUCAGAUGCAGGUGGAUGAUCUGAAGGGCAUUAUGGUCCGUGACAUAGACUUGGUAGCUCAGAGGGGAGAGAAGCUGGAGUUGCUGAUUGACAAGACAGAAAAUCUGGUUGAUUCGUCGGUCACAUUCAAGACCACAAGUCGUAACCUGGCAAGAGCCAUGUGUAUGAAGAACCUCAAGCUGACUGUUGUCAUUGUGCUGGUGUGCCUGGUGGUCCUUUACAUUAUCGUUUCUGCUGCCUGUGGAGGCCUCAGCUGGCCCUCUUGUGUCAAAUAAUGAGAGGAGAGCUGGGUUUUAAAGAGAAGGAGAAAAAGAAGAGCCAGGGAAUCGCCUGUUCAACUUUGCCUGCCAAUGGAUGCAAAAGGAAAACAACUUUCCUUCCUUUACUCCUCUAGCGUCAACAUCCCCAGAAGACAAAUGCUGUUCCUCCUCCUUCCUCGCCCGUCGCUUCUUUGAUAGUGUGCACACUGACUUGCCUUCUGGACAGGGAGACCCAUCUCAUACCCACACUAAUGGACAGCAGCCAUGUGGCCUAAAACUGAUACAAUAAUCUUGUCAUAUACUAGUCUGGUACAUUCAUCCUGUCUCCUGCACUCAGUGGCCUGAUGUAUCAGUUUGUGAUACUGUCCCGCACCUAUCUAUGUAAUUAAUCCAUUCAGACAGAUUCCGGGAUGAACCACAAAGAAAGCAAAGAUUGCUUUGUUAUUGUCCUGCUUUUCAUUUGCUGUCAACAGAGACAUAUGCGUGUGAAGGUAGCAUUUACAGUGUGUUGCAGAUCCAUGAAGGACUCCCACAAUACAGUGUCUGGUUCUCUGUUAUAGAACUGAAAACAAAUUUUCAACAAAACCGAUGCAGUGUAUAGUAUGUCUAAAGUGACAAGUGUAUAACGAACCAUAUUGGUGGUGUCUCAUGAAUGAGACAAGCCCUUUUUGUUCAGAAAGAGAUUUUUACUGAUUUCCUUCAUGUUUUACGCCAAGCACAGUAGUAUGUUCUAAAAUCGAUGUUGUAAAAUAAGAGAGAUGUGAUCAUACAAAUAAAUAUUGUACAUUUGAUUGAUGGUACUGAUUGAAAAGAGGUAAUGUUUCUUUUAAAUCAAGUCUGAUUUUUGAGAGAAUUCUCCCUUUCCCACCUUGACCGGAGGCUUCUUUUGACAUUUUACCUCUGAUAGUGUGCCCAUGUUCUUUCUGUUAACACAAUGCACUUUUUACAUUGUACAUAGAUUUGCAUCCUGGCAUAUGAUUUACUAUCAUGUAAUUAUUUAACUAUUGUGCAUCUGGAUUUCAAAUAAUAAAAUCGGAUGGUAUCAA